AGCGGAAAGGGUUAAACACCUCUCUCUUCCUCCCCCCGCCCACCGGGAGUUAGUGUGAGGUUUGUCCGCUGCCGGGCGCCGUAGCGGCUGCAGCAGCGAUCCGGGUCCGGGCUGAGCAUGGCCGCUGCCCGGGGGAGCUGGGAGGCGGCGGCGGCGGCGGCCGAGGUCAGUGGGGAAGAGGAGGAGGAGGAGAACAUCCUCUACGACCUGCUCAUCAACACCGAGUGGCCGCCGGAGACCGAGGUGCAGCCAAGAGGCAGCAAAAAACAUGGUGCAUCCUUUAUCAUCACUAGAGCAAUUACAGGUCCUGCAUUAUUUUUGCUUCAGUAUAUCUGGUACAGUCCUGCAAAGUUUUCCCUCCCUGCUGGGCUUGUUCGUCUGGUUAGUAAGCAGAUCAACUGGCAUCUAGCGCUUUCAAGUAAUGGUAAACUGUUGGCAGUUGUUCAGGACCAAUGUGUAGAAAUCAGGUCUGCAAAAGAUGACUUUGGAUCCAUUGUUGGAAAAUGUCAAGUGCCGAGGGAUCCUAACACACAGUGGAGACGAGUGGCAUGGAGUCAUGACUGCACACUGCUUGCCUAUGCUGAAAGCACUGGAACUGUGAGAGUAUUUGACCUGAUGGGCAGUGAGCUCUUUGUCAUUUCUCCGGCAACCAGUUUUCCAGGAGAUCUGAGCUACGCAAUUGCCGGAUUGAUCUUUGUAGAAUAUAAAGCAAGUGCCCAAUGGUCAGCUGAACUGCUAGUCAUCAAUUAUCGUGGAGAACUGAAAAGUUACCUUGUAAGUGUUGGAACAAACCAAAGCUUCCAAGAGAGUCAUAGUUUCAACUUCAGCAGCCAUUAUGCCCAUGGAAUAACUACGGUGGUUUAUCAUCUUGGGCACAGGCUUUUGCUUGUGGGUGGCUGUGAAACAGAAGAAGAUGGAGUAUCUAAAGCAACUAGUCGUGGAAUAUCUGCUUGGAGGGUUCUUUCCGGAUCCCCCCAUUAUAAACAGGUCACUAGUUAUGAAGAUGAUACUGGGACAGCAAAGAGAAGCGGAUUAUUAAGGAUUAUGAAUUUCAGAUUUUACAGCAAAAAAGGAACAGAACAGGAUGGAGUUUUCAAGAUGAGCCUAUCUCCUGAUGGAACUCUUCUGGCAGCUAUCCAUUUCUCAGGAAAACUGACCAUCUGGGGAAUCCCGUCUCUCAAACAACAAGGAGAAUGGGAUCAAAGCGACCAGCCAGGUUAUGAUGAGAUCAAUCCAGAUUGGAGGCUUUCUACUGAAAAAAGGAAGAAAAUAAAAGAUAAAGAAUCGUAUUAUUCACUAAUGGAUGUAAAUUGGUGGGCAGAAAAUGCUGUGAUCUUGGCUCGCUGCUCUGGAGCUUUGACUGUAUCAUCUGUGAAAACAUUAAAAAACUUACUGGGGAAAUCAUGUGAAUGGUUUGAAAGUUCCCCUCAGGUCACUUCUACUCAUGAUGGAGGAUUUCUAAGCCUGGAGUGCGAGAUAAAACUGGCUCCAAAGAGAUUACGCUUGGAGAGCAGGCCUGGUGAAGAAGAUGAAGGAAAAGAUGACUCUGACUCAGAUGAUGUAACUUCUGCCAAGGCCAGAUAUUUCAGUUACCUAAAGCAAGGCCUGUAUUUUGUGACAGAAAUGGAGCGAUUUGCUCCUCCACGGAAACGUUCACGCACUAUUACAAAGAAUUACCGCCUUGUGAGUUUAAGAUCUACAACCCCAGAGGAGCUUUACCAGAGAAAGAUUGAUAAUGAAGAAUAUGGUGAAGCUUUAUCUUUGGCUCAAGCAUAUGGUCUAGAUUCUGAUCUUGUAUAUCAAAGACAGUGGAGGAAAUCAACUGUUAACAUUGCUUCUAUUCAAGACUACCUGAGUAAAAUUAAGAAGCGGUCCUGGGUUCUUCAUGAAUGCCUGGAAAGAGUUCCUGAGAACGUGGAUGCUGCCAAAGAGUUGCUGCAGUAUGGUUUAAAAGGCACAGACUUGGAGGCUCUCAUAGCUAUUGGAAAAGGAGAAGAUGGUGGCAGAUUUAUCUUAUCAGGAGAGAUGGACAUUGAUGAAAUCCCCUAUGAACAAUUUUUGUCACCUGAUGAAGAGGCAGAAAAUAGAAAGGAAAGGGAGGCUAGGAAGCAUCAAGAACUGCUUCUAUCAGUGAACUUCUCAAAACUAACACUGGAACAAAAGGAACUUUGUCGAAGCAGGCUGAAAUUAUUAAGUUAUUUAGAUAGACUUGCAACUUAUGAGGAAAUCCUUGGAGGGCCUCAUGCAGCUGAGCAGAGAUAUGAUGCUGAAUUCUUCAAGAAGUUCCGAAAUCAGAAUAUUGUACUUUCAGCAAGAACUUACGCUCGGGAAAGCAAUGUGAGAGCCCUAGAGAUCUUGUUUACAUACCAUGGCUCAGACCUGCUUCCACAUCGGCUGGCAAUUCUCUCUAAUUUUCCAGAGACUACUUCACCACAUGAGUAUUCCUUUUUGCUGCCUGAAGCUUGUUGUAGGCAGGAUGUGUUGAUGAUUCUUCCCUGGAAUGAACAGAAGCAUCGGGAAGAGGACUGGUGUGAAAACCCACAGUGCAAAAUGAUAUUUGAACGAGUUCUUCAAGAUGAAGAUGAAUUCUUGUAUGAAGCACAACCUGAGUUAUUAAAGUACAGAACUACUAAGCUUUCGAUAGACCUGGUUUCUGACUGGUAUUGGAAUAGGGCACAGGAGAUUGAGAACUAUGCUAUGCAGGUGGACUGUGCUCUGUCCCUGGUUAGACUUGGUAUGGAGAGGAACAUUCCUGGUCUGCAGGUGCUUUGUGAUAACCUGGUUACUCUGGAGAUGCUGAUUUAUGAGACUGGAUGUGAUCUAACCCUAACCUUGAAAGAUCUGCAGGAGAUGACAGAUAGUGAAAAACUAAGACUGUUAAUGUUGAAUUCUUCUGAUGAAAGAUAUGUGAAGAACGUUUAUCAGUGGAUGGUCCCAUUUCUACAUCGCUGUGAAAAUCAGUCCCCUGGUCUUGCAAACACACUUUUUAGGGAGUAUUUAGUAAGCUUAGCAAAGGAAGACCUGAAAUUCCCUCUGAAGAUCUUUCUAAAUUCAAAACCAGAUUGUCAGCAAAAAAUAAUUCCUGAUCAGGACAAGCUGAUGAGUAUGGCACUGGAAUGUAUCUAUAGUUGCGACCGAGAUGACCAACUCUCCCUUUGUUAUGAUAUUUUGGAAUGCCUUCCACAAAGAGGAUAUGGCCCAGAAACAGACAUAACUAAAACUCUUCAUGACAAGGUAGAUGAACUAGAACAAAUUCUCAGUGUAUCUGAAAUUUUGGAGAAGCAUGGACUUCAGAAACCUGUAUCAUUUGUAAAAGAUACGCAGAACAGCCCAGAGCAAGCAGAGAAGCUUAUGAUUAGACUGACCAGGCACACAGGACGCAAGCAGCCACCAGUCAGUGAGAUGCACUGGAAAGGGUUACUGCAGGAUAUGUUGGAUAUGCAGCAGAAUGUCUACACGUGCUUAGAGCCAGACACUUGCUAUGAGAUAUUUACAGAAAGCCUUCUAUGUUCAAGCCAUCUAGAAAAUAUACACCUAGCUGGGGAAAUGAUGCAUUGCAGUGUUUGGUCUGUGGAUCCACCAGUUGGUGUUGUCUCAAAAGGAAAACCACGGUAUAGAGUCAGCUAUGAGAAAAGCAUCAAACUGGUUUUGGCUGCUAGCAGAGAAUACUUCAAUUCUUCUACCAGUCUGACUGAUAGCUGCAUGGAUUUGGCCAGGUGCUGUUUACAACUUAUUGUUGACUGCCCCAGUGCUAUCCAAGAGGAGCUAGAUCUCAUUCGUGCGCUUAGUUAUCUUGAAGAAUUUGGUCUGACAAUCUUGCCAUUACAAGUGCGUUUGUGUUCUGAUCGACUCAGCCUCAUCAAGGACUGUAUUGCUCAGUUGCCCACAAACUACAAACAGUCUGCCAAGUUCCUGGGACUUGCAGAUUUACUGAGAGUUGCAGGAGAUGACCAGACAGAGAGAAAAGGCCAGGUUUUGAUCCUUUUAGUGGAACAAGCUCUCCAUUUACAGGACUACAAAGCUGCUAGUAUGCACUGCCAAGAGCUUAUAGCCACAGGCUAUUCUAAAAGUUGGGAGGUAUGCAGCCAAUUAGGGCAAUCAGAAGGCUACCACGACUUGCGUACUCGGCAGGAGCUCAUGGCUUUUGCUCUGACACAUUGCCCUCCAGGUGCCAUAGAGUCACUACUGGCAGCAAACAGUUCUUUGCAGACUCAGAUUCUUUAUCAAGCAGUGAAUUACCAGUUACGCCCUUCAGAAGGAGGGGAGAAUAUAAAUAUCACAGGAUCUUCUUCGCUGAUCGCUAAGGAGACUCCUCAGGAAGAAAUCAGCAUUCCUUCUAGCCAGUCUGCUGACUUGUUGUAUUGGACCACCGCUAAAACCAUGAAAGUGCUGUCUAAUACAACUACAACGACAAAAGCCAUGCUGCAUGCAGUCAGUGAUGGACAAUGGUGGAAGAGGUCAUUAACUUAUCUUCGGCCAUUACAUGGCCAAGAAUUUGGAGAUGUAUUAAAAAGCAGUUCUGGAGCCGAUGCUGCAGUGGAAAAGCAGAGCUGUCAUCCCUUUUAUGAAUCUCUCAUUGUUGAUUCCUAUGUUGCAGAAUCUGAAGUAGCCUAUACUGGAUUCCAACACAAUUCUUCAGAAAGUUUUGCAGAAGUAUUGCUGAGAACAGGAAAAUUAGCAGAAACUAAAAGUGAAGGAGAGGACCUAUUUCCAGCUACAGAAGUUCUGUUACAACUGGCUAGUGAUGCUUUACCAAAUGAUAUGACCUUAUCCCUUGCCUACCUACUUGCAUUACCACAGGUGGUAGAUGCCAACAAGUGCUUUGAAAAGCAAUCACAUUCUGCUUUAUCUCUCCAGCUGGCAAGUUAUUACUAUAGCCUGCAGAUCUAUGCUCAUUUGGCACCAUGUUUCAAGGACAAAUGCCACCCCCUCUACAGGGCUGACCCAAAAGAGCUGAUUAAGAUGGUCACAAAGCACGUUUCUCAGUGUGGCUAUGCAGACUGGCCUGAAGAAAUAGCAACUUUGAUUAAGCAGUUGUACUACUACAAUGAACGACUACUGGACUUCACUCAGGCUCAAAUCCUUCAAGGCCUUGGCAAAGGAGUGGAUGUGCAGAGGUUUACAGCAGAUGGCCAGUACAAGAGAGAAACAAUACUGGGGUUGGCGGAAACACUUGAAGAAAAUGUGUACAACAUCGCUCUUUCCUUGGCUCAACGUUACAGUGUUCCACUUUGGGAAGUUUAUAUGACACAUCUUGAGUUUCUGUUCACUGAUAGUGGCUUAUCUACUGGAGAAAUAGAAGACAGAGCACAAAGUCUUGGUCUCUUUGAGACUUUAAAAACCAACCCUGAAGCCCUACAUGAACACAUGGCCAAAUAUGUUUACCCGGGUAUUGAAGGCAUAGAUCACCAGCGGUUGCUUUAUUAUUUUACUCUCCUUGAAAACUGCGGUUGUUCCGAAUUUGUAAAGCAUGCUAUCAAACCUGAAACUCACAUACGGCUGCUGAAAAAAUUCAAGGCUGUUGCACCAGAUCUCAAUUACAAAAAACUAACAGAUGAAAAUGUGAGCCCUCUGGGAGUAUUGCAGCCCAUCCUUACAAGUCAGAACAUCUUAUCCAUUUCCAAACUCGCUCCCAAAAUCCCUGAGAAAGAUGGUAGUAUGCUCUCUCCAAGCUCUGUUUACACCUUCUGGUUACAAAAACUCUUCUGGAAUGGUGAUCGCAAGCUCAUUAAAAAAGCACCAGAAACGAUACCAGAGUGGUUAAGUGCAUAUGAUACAUGUGCAAAGUACUUUGAUAGACUCUACCCAGGAGAUAUUGUCACUUUCAUUGAUGACAUUACCUUUUCUUCAAAGGCUGUCACCAAGCUGUCAGUAGAUGCCCGGCUAGAGAUGACUAAUAAGGCUAUUAAAGCAAUGCAACAGAUCAUUGAGAAAUCAAGAAAAAAAAACUCUGAAGAUGGUAUGGACGGCGCUGGAAGCACACCUGUCACUUACGAGAAAGCUCUGAAUCAUCUGCAGCAGUCUCUUGCUCAUCUGGAAACGCUCAAUCAUAAGUUUAUCACUUGUCUGAAAAACAGUGACCAGGAAAUGCUACAGAAGUACGGCCACUUAUAUGAUUUAUCCAGGUCAGAGAAGGAAAAAAUCCAUGACCAGGCAGUAGCUAUGUGUAUAGAUGGUCAGCCUCUAGACAUGAUACAGCAGUUGUUGGAAGUGGCUGUCGGAGAUCUGGAACUCUCCCCCAGAGAGAUAGUACAAUGCGCUAUAAACAAAAUUGUAUUUGCAUUAAGUGGCAAUGGUGCUGAAUUUACUUUGAUAAAAGACCCGCUUCAGAUACUAGAAGAGAUUGUUUCUGCAGUCCAUGCAAGUGCUGAAAAGGGGGAGAAACUAGUUUCUUCAGAUGAUCUAUUGGAAUGGUUGAGACCUUUCUGUAGUGAUGACUCCUUGCCAGUGAAGCCCCGCAUUAAGGUGCUGCAGAUUAUGGAGCAAGCAUUUCAUCUCAGUGAUGAGGAUAGCAGGCUACUUGUGUUCUUCAGAACUCAAGCAGUUCUCAAAGCCUGUUGGCCUGAGACAAAGGUAGAGAUAAUUGAUAUUGAAAAUGAAGAAAAAAGAUAUUCUCUCUUCCUGGAACUCCUGCACUCUAGUAACAGUCAGUCUGAGUUUCAGCACUUGGUUUUACUCCUGCAAGCUUGGCCACCUAUGAAAAGUGCAAGCAUCACAUACAUGAGAAAUAAUCCAUGGGUGAAACUAGGGACAGUCAUGCUAUCGAGAUGCCCAACUGAGCAAAAAGAGGAUAUGGGAAAUGAAAUUUUGAAGAUCUGUCGUUCUCUGUAUGAGACUAAGCACAUGCUGCCCGUAGAGUGUACGAAGGAAUUAUGUUUGCUAUUGCUUAACCAGUCCCUCCUGCUGCCAUCCCUGAAACUGCUAGUAGAAAGUAAAGACCAAGAUCUUCAUGCAUUGGCACUGGAGCAGAUAACAGCUGUUACUAAGAUUGAUGAUUCCAGCUGUGAUUCUGAAAUUCUUUCCUUGCUCCUGAAUGCGAAAUUAGUGGUAAAGUGCAUAUCCACUGUGUUCUACCCUCACCUUAUCAACCACUUACUGGCCAACCAGGAAGAGGGCCGUUGGGAUAUAGAGGAAAUAGCAAAACAACUGCAGGAAGCAGGCUUCAGUGCAGAGGCAGGGUCUCUUAUGAUGUGUUACAGAGGGACUCAUCCUGCCCUCAGAACCUACAGUACUGCCCUCAGUGCUGUUCAGCAUUGGAUCUGAGUGGCAAAACAAACUGAAUAUCUUUUGACAAAACAGCUGCCUGAAUAAUGUGUUUGUUUCAAUUGCCUGCUUUUUAGAUGGAGAUCUUCUACAUGAGAGACAAACUGUUCUUCUAAUGAAGUUAUAUAUCUAGAGUUGAUCAUCACUACUCAUGAUUUGUGGAAAAUGCUAACAAUAUACAUACAUUUACAUACUUUCAGUUAUUUUGAAACUUUUUACCAGUUCUAAAAGUCUCUCUCUCAAUAUAGGUAUAGUAAAUCUCUCAAACUGGCAAAAACUUUCAAAUUGGCAAAAAUAUUUGAAAUACAACCACUGUAAUAUGUAAAUUAUAAACUAGGAAAGUAACUUGUAAUGCUGCAGGGUUAUACAAUGUGUCAUACAAUUCUUGUAAAUCAUUUGCAUCCUGGUCACAAUGUAAAACAACAGUUAUCAAUAAAGGUGUUUAGAACAAUGUGUCAUCGCCAUGAAGAGAAAUAACCAAUGAGAAGUUCUGAAAUCUUAAAAUUUGAAAUUUUUCAAUGUUGUUUUGGACAAAUUAUUACAAUAGUUUUAUUUGCAAUCAGUGAAAUACUUUUGAUUUAUUAAACCUUUUCUUUUUCCCCUCUC